CCCAACAAAGAACAAGAUUGAGUAAUUUGACUAUUGCAAGAAUUUAGGAAUAUUAUUAUUAUUGGCAAAAUGAUGUGCACAAUGAAUAGAAAUUUCCCUAACGCAUAGACUGGCCAAUUUUUUUAUGGCAAUAAUGAAUUAACAACAGAAAGACAAAUUUGUCCCCAUUUCAAGUGCUCUCUCUCUCUCUCUCUCUCUCUCUCUCUCUCUUUCAUUUCCUAUUAAUAGUAGGCCAACACAUGCAACCACCACAGACACCAUCUCUCGAAGUGUUUCAAUUUUUUUUUUUUUGUGGGGCUUUAAGACCAGCUUCCUAGCAAUAGUAGGUGAUUUUCGUCUUUUUGAAGACUCCGUAGCUUUUUUCCCCCUUCUCUCACUCUACUCCAUGGAUACCGCUCAGUGGCCGCAGGGAAUUGGAGUUGUUAAGCCCAUGGAAGAGUCAAGACCUAUGGUGGAGAGAAGGGCUAGGCCUCACAAGAAUCAAGCUUUGAACUGUCCCAGGUGCAAUUCAACUGACACCAAGUUUUGUUACUAUAAUAACUAUAGUCUUUCUCAGCCAAGAUACUUCUGCAAGACUUGUCGAAGGUACUGGACGGAAGGUGGUUCCCUCAGGAAUGUUCCUGUUGGUGGAGGUUCAAGGAAGAAUAAGAGAUCUUUAUCAUCAGUAUCACCAGCUUCAUCAAAUAAGCUUGGCGAUUUAACCCCACCUGGUCCUCCUCAUUCUGCUUCUCAGAACCCUAAGAUUUAUGAAGGUCAAGACCUUAACCUAGCUUAUCCACCAUCAACUGAAGACUAUAAUGGCUUAUCAAAAUUCGUAGAGGUGCCCUACAGCACAGGUAACAAAAGCAACCAUCAAAACUCUAGCUCCUCCUCAACUUCGACUCAUCUCAAUGCUAUGGAGCUGCAGAAGAUUGGUAUGAAUUCAAGAGGCUUGAGUUCAUUCAUGUCGAUGUCGGUUUCUGAUUCCAACGCAGUGUACUCAAAUGGGUUUUCAAUGCAAGACUUCAAACCGCCUCUCAAUUUUCCUCUUGAUGGAUUUGAAACUGGCUAUGGGAAUCUUCAAGGGGUACAAGAAAUUGGUGCAAGGCUUUUGUUUCCUAUGGGGGAAUUGAAGCAGGUCCCAAGCACUAGUAACGAUUUGGACCAGAAAAGAGGGCAAGGAGAAUCCACUGGAUAUUGGAGUGGAAUGUUGGGCGGAGGACAUUGGUGAAAGUGAACAGAAAAUUUAAUAACAACAUGGUUAAACAGGACAAAGUUGGUGUUUUUGCUUUUCUUCUUAGAUGUUCGGUGGCUAGUUUGAUGUUUGAUUACUAACAGUUAGGUUACAUGGGCUUCAAUCUUUCUUUCAAAUUUAGCCUUUUACCCCCUUUUCCUUUUAGUUGUUACUUAUAAUGCUUUAGUACCUUUCUCUACCCUUUGAUCAGUACUGUGGGUGUUUGAAGCUUCUUUUUAGAUCGGCUUCAAAAGGUUGACAUUAAAUGCUGUGCAUAUAUAUAAAAGCUGGAGAGGACUAUGCGGCUAGGCGCCAAGUGAUCCAAAAGACUUUUUUUCCUUCCUUUUUCUUUUGAGAGCUUCCAGCUAUAAGACAAGAGUGGAACUAGAGUUCUUCGGCUCGCUACUUUCUGCUUCUUGGGAUUGCACUGUGAUUUUGGUUCACAUGUUUCUCCAUCCACAGCAUGGAUGCGAUGCAGGGGACCCUCUCUCCAGUGUUUUAAGUUGUUCAUGACCUUCUCUAAUAAUGUGCCAUGUUGAUGAACAUAUAAUGAUUUUGGUUGAAUUAAAUUUGUUAAAUUUAAUUUAACAGUGGGAUUUGCUAGGGUGAUUGGUACUAAUUAUAGAUAUGGAUUUUCAAAUUUAUUAGUAUUUCCUUGAGCUCAAAGUGAGUUGGAAUGAUGGGCGUCAAUCUUUUACAGCAUACUUCUUUCUCUUUUUGCUUGUCAACAGGUCACGACUGUCGGGUCUUAUCAGCAUCAUCUGGGUCUUGAGAGAUUCUUCCAACCCCUCUUAAAGGCAAAACCUUCAUGAGCAAGUGUAUAUUAUCUUUGGAAGGAAUAACCCAGAAUGAAUUGCUUAUUAGGUAUGACCCAAUAUGAGCCAUACCUGCGCAUGCUAUUCCACUUUCUAAUGCAGGUUUACUAUUUUCUCCUCUCUUUCUUUUCUUAGAACAUACCUUUUCUUUUAAAUGAACAGCUUGGUUUUGAUACUCAUAAUUAUUCGGAAUGAUUUCGUGAAAUAAAUAUUACUAUUU